AUGUCCAAAAAGCUAUCGAAUGAAGAAAUAGCUCGAGAACUAGAUGAAUACUUUGCUAAUUCUGAAUCUGAAGAUGAAUUAUACGAUUUUGAUCUAGCUAAUGAUGAUUCUGAUCCUAGUUUUUAUCAAUCGAGACCAGUUGAUAAUAAUUUUAUUUUGAUAAAUUCUAAUACAAAUUCACAGUCAAAUGCUAAUGGUGUAUAUAAUUCUAAUCAAGUGCAAUAUAACACACCUACUGAGAUUAGCCAACACGAUUUACAAGCCUCUGGUCUAUUACAUGAUGACCAAUAUUUAUUCAAAGAUGUUGAUAUUGAUGAAGCUCUGGAAAAUUUUGAAACUGAUUUCCAAGACUAUUUUUCACAGAAUGAGUCUUUUCAGUCUCCUUCUUCAAGUAUUACACAACAGUCAAGAGCAUCUUCAGAUAGUGGUGUUCAAUGUGAAGAGUUUGAUUUAAAUGAAGCCUCACCUGUUAUAGAUUAUUUUGAAGCAUUUAUUACAUAUGAUUUGAUUGGAAAAAUUGUUUUUGAGACUAACAGGUACGCUCAGGAGCAACCGAUUAUUUCAGAACAUUCAAGAAUGGUUUAUUGGAAAGAUACAAGUAUGGAAGAAUUAUACAUAUUUUUAGGAGUCACUAUUUUAAUGGCUAGGAACAAAAAUCAACAAAUCAAAGGAGAUAGGCUCUACAAAAUUAAAAUGGUUUUGACUGAAGUAAGAAAGAAUUUCAAAGAUGCUAUGAUUCCUUUUUCAAAUCUGGCCAUUGAUGAGAGCUUAAUUUUGUGGAAAGGGCGUCUGUCAUUUAAACAAUAUAUCAAAAGUAAAAGACAUAGAUUUGGUAUCAAGCUUUAUGUAAUGUGUGACUGUGAGACUGAUUUUAUUCUGAACUUUAUUGUGUAUACAGGAGCUACUGUAUACAAAGAUCCAUUAGAAGACAUACUUGGUAAAUCUGGUGUUAUCGUAAAAGAUCUAAUGAAGCCAUAUUUAAACAAAGGUUAUUCAUUAUUCACAGAUAAUUUUUAUACCUCACCACAAUUAUCUAUGUAUUUACAUAAAAGAAAAACAAACACAUGUGGUACUGUUAGAAAAAAUCGUAAACUGAUGCCAUCUAUUGAAGGUAAGCUAAAAUUAGGUGAACGAGAAGCUCGGUGCACUGACAAACUUUUAGCGAUUCAUUGGAAGGACCGUCGUGACGUAUACAUGUUAACAUCUAUGAAUACAAAUGAAAUGGUAGACACAAAAAAUAUAGAUAGGAAAACAGGAAAAAAAUAUCUUAAGCCACAAUAUUGUGUAGUUAGUUACAACAAAAAUAUGGGUGCAAUAGACAAGACAGAUAUGUUAUUGAGUUCUACCGAAUGUGUUAGGCGUACAUUGAAAUGGUACAAAAAACUAUUUUUUCAUAUUAUUGAUAUGAGUAUGCUAAAUGCAUAUUCAGCCUAUAAAACAGUUACAGGUAAGCAUAUUUCAUUAGCUGACUUUCAGCUAACUUUGAUUAAUGAAAUAUUACAAAAAUACAAAUCCAGUGUGAAAACAACUCCAAGUAAAGGUAAAAAAAUAAUUAGUACAGACAGCCGUUUAAGUGAAAGACAUUUUCCAGAUUUAAUACCACAAACAUCAAGUAAAAAACAAAGGAGAAAAUGCUUUGUUUGCAGCCACAAGACUGAGGGGAAAAAAAGAACAGAUACAUUAUAUCAAUGCAAUGAGUGCAAUUUUUAUAUUCGUGAUCAAAUAUUGGUAUUAAAUGUUUGUGUUUAUAAAGAUCAAUCAGAACAGAGAAAUUAUAAAUAA